AUGGGUAUCAGUCGUGAUCACUGGCAUAAGCGAAGGGCCACCGGUGGCAAACGUGCGCCCAUUCGCAAGAAGAGGAAAUAUGAGUUAGGUCGCCCGGCUGCCAACACCAAGCUCGGUUCCCAGCGCAUCCACUUAGUGCGUGCUCGUGGUGGUAACAUCAAGUAUCGUGCACUGCGUCUGGACACUGGAAAUUUCUCGUGGGGUUCCGAAUGUGCAACCCGUAAGACUCGCAUCAUCGAUGUUGUUUACAAUGCGUCCAACAACGAGUUGGUGCGUACCAAGACCCUUGUCAAGAACGCUAUCGUGGUUGUGGACGCCACACCAUUCAGGCAGUGGUAUGAGUCUCACUACCUGUUGCCACUCGGCAGAAAGAAGGGCGCCAAGUUGACUGAGGCUGAAGAGGCCAUCAUCAACAAGAAGCGCAGCAAGAAGACUGCCAAGAAAUACCUGACGCGACAACGUCUAGCUAAGGUUGAAGCUGCUUUGGAGGAGCAGUUCCACACUGGACGUUUAUUAGCAUGUGUAUCAAGUCGGCCAGGACAAUGUGGACGAUCUGAUGGUUAUGUGCUGGAGGGCAAGGAAUUGGAGUUCUACUUAAGAAAGAUCAAAUCCAAGAGGGCUAAGUAA